CAAGGGUCCAGUAUCAGCAUCAACUUAUCAAGACCAUCCGGCUCCAAUUCACGUCGUGGGAUUCUCACUCUUCCUCACAGACGACAACGUACCAGAUUAGCAAUGUCCAAAGAGCAGCUUUUCCAGCUACUUCCGCUCCCGGAUGACGGGCUCCAGCAGGUGCUUGAAUAUGCCGCAACGCUCUCCAAGGCCGAAGCGGCCGAGCACUUCUCCAACAUGCUGGGCGACUCACCCCAAGUAGUCGAGUUCAUUUCCAACUUCAACGCGCGCCGCGCCGAACCGACACCCAGAUCAGCUCCCGCAAGGACCACAGCGACGGCGACUGCAACCAGCUCCGGCCAGAACUCCGAGGCCGACUCCGUGCCGAAGCCUCGCCGUGGUCCCAAGAAGAAGAAGGCACCCCUCCAUACCCCGCCACCACGGCAGGUCGCAUCCUUUGAGCUCGCACCUGGGACGGUGUACAAUAAGAAGGACCAACUUGAAGAAUACAUCUCCGGAAGGUCAGGGACGUCAACACCCUCGAACAGCAAUGCCAAUCGCGGAAAGCCGGCGCCGACCAAGUCGGCGACUCCGCCUCCACAGCCGGCCAAGCCGCCGCCUUCUGCGAUGGGGACCCUCGUCUCAGAUCUUGGCCUGCCCAAGACCAAGCCGAAGUCGACCCCGGUUUCGCGCACUUCCACUCCCGGCCCAUCAUCCUCCCGCAACAGCGCAACUGCCUCGACCAAAGUAUCCAUCACAGGUGGCGUCCCCAUGCACGGCACCUCCACCGCGCUCGCCGACCUCGACGAGGCCAUCCGCUCUCUCGAAAUCACGACCAACCCGUCUCACGCCUCCAACACUCCUUCGGCCCUCGCCGCGCGCCGCUGUAACUGCGUCGCGACCCGACAUCCCCUGCUCGAAGCCGCUCCGAACUGCCUCAACUGCGGCAAGGUAAUCUGCAUCAAGGAAGGGCUAGGACCGUGCACCUUCUGCGGCCAGCCCUUGCUGAGCACGGCCGAGGUGCAGAGCAUGAUCAAGGAGCUGCGGGCCGAGCGGGGGCGGGAGAAGCAGGCGAUGGACCGGGAGGCGCACAAGCGGGCGGACGUGGGCGGAACGCCGCGGCCGUUUACCACCAAAGCGCGGGGAGGAGCCGACGACCCGACGGUGGCCGAGGCGAUGGCGCUGCAGCACCGGGACAAACUGCUCGCGUUCCAGGCGCAGAACGCCAAGCGCACGACGGUGAGGGACGAGGCGGCCGACUUCGACGUCUCGGUCGCGGCGGGCAGCAGCAUGUGGGCGAGCGCCGAGGAGCGGGCGCUGGCGCUCAAGCGGCAGCAGAAGUUGCUCCGUGAGAUGGAGUGGAAUGCCAAGCCCGAGUAUGAGAAGCGGCAGCAGGUCAUCAGUAUCGAUCUGACGGGGAAGAAGGUGUUUAAGAAGACGGCCAAGGUGGAGCGGCCGCCGACUCCGGAGGAAGAAGAGAGCGAUGAUAUGGGACGGGAUAUGCCGACUCUGUCUGAGGCAGGCGGGAGUAGGGGACAGGGCGGUGCGUUUAGCCGGAACCCGCUCCUGGGUGGCUUGAUCAGGCCGGUUUACGACGUGAAGGGAAAUGGCGCUGAGCUGGAGGGGAGGAAGGACAGGAGUACCCGGUGGCGGAGGGUCCAGGACGAUCUGGACGACAAUGAAGCCGUCAUUCUUGAUGGUGGCGUCUACGGGAGAAGCACAGAGACCCAAGCAGGAACAGCCAGCGAUGAACCUGGGUGUGGUUGAAUCUUACCGUCUUGCUCGGAUCCACCCGCACCGAACUGUUCAGAAGAAGCCUCUGGGGUAGCCUUCGAUUCCCCUACGUAUUAAGCGUGGUUCUAAGGCAGCGUCGUGCUUCGGCAGGGCUUCCAGAAACCUGGUGGGCCCAAGCUCCCACCCCCUGCAGGUCUCGGCACAUUAUGGGCCGUUGUGGGGUCUUCCCUUUGGUUCUCAAGUUCGAGUCGGACAAGCUUUCUGUUCAUCAGAGCUUCAGCGAAGCCAUGACUCCGUCGGUCCUCUGUAUUGAGACGAUAUCGGUUAAGGUUGCAUAGCGCAGAUAGAACCAUGCAUACUUUGCGUGUCCCAA